CCUGUGCCUGUAUCUCGCAAUCCUAGAUGACGUUAUCGAUAUAUAUCUGUAGAUAUUGUUUCCUCGAUAAAAUUCAGGUGCUACUUCUGCAUCCAUUACUUUUGUCGCGGAUCGCACACACGUUUCAUCGCGGUCGCAAUGAACACUGCCCUUAGCGUAAUGUGUUUCGCGGCGGCGCUGGUCAGCGCCUCCGCCUUCUCAAUCGAAUUGAGACAAGAUCCGGAGACGUUAUGCAUCGGCCAAGAGAACUUCUUACGGAUUCCUAGCGCCGACAGUUGCACUUUCUACUUCCAAUGUUAUGCUGGACGGUCGUACUUGAUGCAAUGCCCUUACGGAGCAUGGUUUAAUGAGCAGGAACAGGUAUGCGACUCGUCUGAUCCACCGGCUGGGUGUGAAGUCGAACAAGAACCAACCCCAAUCCCACAGCCCGAGCCUGAACCAGAACCAGAGGUAGAAGAAUCCGAAGAAGUAGAAGUGGAACCAGAAGAAGAAGAAAAUGAAGAUGAUAGUGAAGAACAAUCAGAUGAAGCUCAGGAUGAGGAAGAGGAGGCUGAAACAGAGGAACCCGAAGAGGAAGAGGAACAAGAUUCAGAAUCUUCUGAAGAAUCAGACGAAGAAGAUAAUAAGCUUAGGAAGAGACAAAUUAAACAAGACGAUAUUGAUAUGCCAGAAGAAGGUGAUAUUGAAUAUGAAGAAAUUAUACCUUUGGAUAACAGAAAAAAUGUGAAGCAUCACGAUCAUGAUCAUGAUCACCACGAUCACGACCACCACCAUCAUCAUCAUCACGACCAUGACCACCAUCAUGACCAUGACCACGAACAUAACCACGAUCAUUCUCACGAGGACCAAGUUGAGGGUUCUGGGGAAUCUCUCGAACAAUUAUCUAAUAAGCGUAUAAAAUUACAAGAGGAAGUUGAAAAUGACGACGAAAUAGAAGACGAGAUUAAGAGAUCGAAAAGACAGGAGGAGGAUGACGAUGAAGAUGUUGAAGAUGAAUUCAAAACAGUGCUGAAAAAACGUACCUUAAAACAAGUUGAGGAUGAAGAUGAAGAAGAUAAAGAAGAUGAUGAUAAUGAAUCCGAAGUCAAAAUAAGCCGUAAAAAGCGACAAGCAGAAGACGAGGAAAAUGAAGAAUCUGAUGACGAAGAAAAGCGCCGCAGAAGACAAAAUGACAGCGAUGAAGAUGAUGAGGAUGAUGGUGUGGAUAGAUUGAAGCGUCUCAAGAGACAAGUUGAUGAUGAAGAUGACGAUAAUGAUAACGAAGAACGCCGUAAAAGACAGAAUGAUGAAGAUGAAGAGGAUGAUGAAGAUGAUGAUAAUGACAACGAAGAACGCCGCAGAAGACAGAAUGAUGAAGAUGAUGAAAAUGACAACGAAGAACGUCGUAAAAGACAGAAUGAUGAAGAUGAAGAGGAUGAUGAAGAUGAUGAUAAUGACAACGAAGAACGCCGCAUAAGACAGAAUGAUGAAGAUGAGGAGGAUGAUGAAGCUGAAGAUAAAUUGAAACGUCAAAAACGACAAGCAGAAACCGACAACGAAGAAUUUGAUGAUGUCGAAGAACGCCGUAAGAGACAAGAUGAUGAAGACGGAGACAACGAGGAUGACGACGAAGAAAUCCGCAAAAGACAAGACGAUGAAGAGAAUGAUGAAGAGGACGAGGAAGAAGUAAACAAGCAACUGAAGCGUCAAAAGAGACAAGCAGAGGACGAAGAUGAUGAGGACAACGAAGACGAACGUCGCAAAAGACAAGACGAUGAAGAGAAUGAUGAGGAUGAGGACGAGGUUAAUGCUGACAGUAAAUUGAAGCAUCAAAAGAUACAAACUGAAAGCGAAGGUGAUGAAGAAGAUUCUGACGAUAGUUUGAUACGACAAGAGGAUGACGAUGAUGAUGAAGAUGACGAUGAUGAAGAUAGCGGAAAUGAUAACGACGACGGUGAAGGAGACGAGAACGAUGAAGAGGGUAAAUUGAAACGACUAAAGAGACAAGCUGAAGAAGAAGACGAUGAGGAAGAAUCUGAAGACAGUUUGAAGCGUCAAGAGAGUAACGGUAAUGACGAUGAUGAAGAUGAUGAAGAGGAUGAAAAUGAUGAAGAGGAUGAUGCCGAAAGCAAAUUGAAGCGUCAAAAGAGACAAGCCGAAGACGAAGAGGAUUCUGAAGAUAGUGUGAAACGCCAGGAGAAUGACGGUGACGAUGAUGAUGAUGAUGAUGAUGAUGAUGACGAUGAUAAUGAAGGGAAAUUCAAACUUUUGAAAUGGAUUCGUCGAUCUUUAAGACAAAAUGAUGAUGACAACGAAAAUGGAGAUGACGAGGAUGAGAUUUUGAAAAAAAAUCGUCAGGAAGAAACUGACGGCGAUGAUGAUGACGAUAACGACGACGCUGAUUCUGAUGACGAAGUCGAAGAUGAAGCUGAUGGUGAAGAUGAUGACGAAGAUGAUGAUGACGGUGAAGAUGAAGAAUCAAAGAAACUGAAACAAGACGAUUCGGAAGAUGAAGAAAAUGAAAGUUUGGAUGAAGGAAAUCUAUUCUAUAGAUGGCUGCACAGAACUUUCGCUUAAGACGUUGGUGUAUUUCAAACGCAUCUCCAGACCGAGUGCUCCUUUGAAAUGAAGUAGUUAUUAGUAUUUAUUAUUAAGAGUUAUGAGCAGAAUCACUUUGUGCAAUUUUGUAAAUA